CUCGAGCUCAGACUGGGAUCGGUGGACAGGGAUCCACACAAACAACCACGGUGCCAGCCAAAUCGGUAGCCGAAUUAUACCUGGAUCCGUCACGCCCGCUCAAGUUUUAUUACGAUGGACUUGUUUUUUAGGAAGAGAUUGCUUACAUUGAUAGCUAUAUGUUUUUUAUCUUGCAGUUUUGCAGAAUAGCUACAACAAACUUGGGUUCCAAAAUAACAAUGAUAGUCUUGAUAAGAACUCUGGACUGAAGUGUAAGUGUACACCAUCAAUAUAUUUGUUUGAAUAUAUCAUGGAGCAUAAUGUUCAAAGAUGUGGAGCCUGGAGAUUGUACAUCAGUGGCGACAGUUUGACAGCGUCCUUUCUGGCUGCUUGGACCACUUUAUAGCAUAACAAGGCUUAAGAGAAAUUCUCCGAAGCCUAGUGGAGAGGUGAAUUUCCAACCAUGGUACGUUCAUAGAAAGCAACCGAACUUACGUUCAAUGUACAACUAGUAGUCCAGGCUACCAUAUGAUCUGGAGAAAACAUACCUGUUUUUCCACCCGGAUUUACAUUUUUCCAAAAUGGCCAGUCUUAUUACUGAGCAGAACUGUUUUUCAGACGUAAGAAAAGUGGGCUAUUUAAGGAAACCUAAAAGCAUGCACAAGAGGUUUUUUGUCUUGCGCGCGGCUAGUGAUGCAGGACCCUCGAGGCUCGAGUACUACGAGAACGAGAAGAAAUGGAGACAUAAGUCUGGAGUGCCCAAAAAGGUGAUUCCUCUUGAGACAUGCUUCAACAUCAACAAAAGGGCUGAUUCUAAAAACAAACACCUAGUUGCCCUUUACACCAAGGAAGAGUAUUUUUCCAUUGCUGCAGACAGCGAGCAGGAGCAAGAUUUAUGGUACCAAGCACUAGUGGAUCUACAUAAUAGAGGAAAGGUUCACAACGUUGUAGCUGGCAGUAGGAUUGGGGAAGAGAGUUCUGGAGAACACAUGCCAGGACCAGCCUUUUCAGAAGUCUGGCAAGUUAUUUUAAAACCAAAGGGCCUUGGACAAACCAAAAAUUUGAUUGGGAUUUACAGAUUGUGCCUCACAAAAAAAAAUAUCAGCUUUGUAAAAUUAAAUUCAGAUGCUGCAGCUGUCGUGCUCCAGCUAAUGAACAUACGUAGGUGUGGACAUUCAGAGCAUUUCUUUUUCAUUGAAGUGGGAAGAUCAGCAGUCACCGGCCCUGGAGAGUUCUGGAUGCAGGUGGAUGACUCUGUAGUUGCUCAAAAUAUGCAUGAAACAAUUUUGGAGGCCAUGAAGGCAAUGAGUGAAGAGUUUCGUCCCAGGAGCAAAAGUCAGUCCUCCUCAAACUGCUCCAACCCUAUCACAGUGCCUUUGCGACGACAUCACCACCACAACCCACCCCCUAGUCAGGUUGGGCUGGGCAGGAGGUCCCGGGCAGAGAUUGUCACCGCUACCUCGCCUUUAGGUCCAAAGCAUAGCCAGUCUUUCAGAGUCAGAGCAUCGAGUGAUGGGGAGGGAACCAUGUCCAGACCCCUUUCUGUGGAAACGGGACCAGGAAGCCCCAGUCCUGCCAGGACCCAAUCUCACAGACACCGAGGGGCAUCCCGGCUGCACCCUCCCCUGAAUCACAGCCGGUCUAUUCCCAGGUCUUCCCGUUGCUCCCCUUCUGCCAUCAGCCCUGUCAGCCUGUCCUCCAGUUGCACCAGCGGGCACGGCUCCACCUCUGACAGCCUCUACCCCCGCCGCUCCAGCGCCUCCAUGUCUGGCUCCCCGAGUGACGGAGGGUUCAUCUCCUCUGACGAGUACGGCUCGAGCCCCUAUGACUUCACAAGCUCCUUCCGCAGUGUCACACCGGAUUUGCUAGGCUACACACCGCCCACGACGGAGGAAGAACUGAACAACUACAUCUGUAUGGACAAGCCGGCAGCGCUGCCUGAAGGGAGGUCUGGCUGCAGUCGUCCUUGUGGGGCAUCCCACUAUCUGGAGGAUCCAGAGCAGGACAAGUGUUUCAGAAAGCGAACGCACUCCUCGGGGACCCCUCCUCCUCCUCCGACACUUAACCAGCGAAACACUCCGUCUCAGUCGUCUGAGGGUUCUGUCAAGGAGUACACGAAGAUGAUGCCUGCUAACUCCUUCAGCCAGGGGUCGACUCACAGGGAGGAGUCCAUACCAGACUCAGCCUCGCGUGCAAACAAGGGCCUCAACGACCUCGCUAAGGGGAACGAAAACGUGCCGAAAGACGAUGGAUACAUGCCCAUGUCUCCCGGUGUGAGCGUUGCCUCCGAUAAAGGCACAGACUACAUGCCCAUGAGCCCUGCGUGUGUGUCCGCACCCCAGCGCAUCAUCAACCCCCGCCAGCACCUCAGGAUGGAUCCUAACGGUUACAUGAUGAUGUCCCCCAGUGACAGCUGUUCUCCAGAUAUAACUACCUUUGGUAAAAUCUGGGCUCACGGGGAUCAUCUUAAACCCUCUGUGGACAGCAUAGACGAGAAGGUGUUAUCGUGUGGAGAUUACAUGAACAUGUCCCCAGCCAGCGGCUCUACCACCAGCACGCCGCCCGAUUGCUACUUUAACUCUGUCGAUGAGCCGAACAGGUCCAUGUACGCCUAUUUCUCUCUGCCUCGCUCCCUCAAAAAGGGUCACAGGGAGGCAGAAGCGAGCCCCCUGCGCCUCUCCCUUAGCUCUGGACGCCUGGCCUUCGGCGACGACUCGUCAUCCACAAGUACUGACAGUGUGGGCGGACUCGGGAACUCCCAGUUUGCAGCCAAUCCCAGGACAGCUGAACGGAUAAGACUGGAUAGACCAGCACACCUCUCUCUGGAACCCAAGUCUAGCACUCUGUCCAGUGCCCAAGAUGGCCCCUUACCCUCAGAGCCCAAAAGCCCCGGGGAGUAUGUUAAUAUUGAAUUCAGUGACAAGGUGUUCUCAGAAAACACCCCGUCAGAGUACAUGAACAUACACCUGGGAACCCAGGGCAGCAUGCCCAGGACCGCAGACAAAUCUCCACUCAGCUCAGAUGAUUAUGCAAUACAGAGAGAAGAUUACGCCCCUCCCUCUCCUGCUCUGGUCUGUGAGAGCCCGCAAGGCCCGGGUUACAGCACUAUUAAUCCAGAGGCUUCCUGCAAAGAGCGCUCUGACACACAGAGAAUACUAAACACCUCAGUGUCCAACGAUGAAGCCAGCUCAUCCUGUGUGUUGCCUGGUCCGGAACUAUCCUGGCUUGGGGCGGGUCCUUGCUCAGGACAUGUAGGCCUUCUUGGCCCUUUGUCGGGGCUGAGCGCUUUUACCAGGGUAACGUCCAGCCCCAACUGGAACCAGGGAGCCAAAGUAAUCCGGGCAGACAAGCAGGGCCGGCGUCGUCAUAGCUCAGAGACGUUCUCCUCCAAGGGGAACAAGGGGACAGUCGGCUCGACCGCGACCAACACGCAGGAAGUGAAGCGUCACAGCUCUGCCUCAUUUGAAAACGUGUGGUUUAAGUUGGAGGAUUCGCAAGUUGCCUACGGGAAAAGGGAGUCUUCACUCGGCGCCGGUGCCAAGAAUCCUAACGAGCUGAACUACAUGGACCUGGACCUGGACAGAGACCAGCCCCCUCCUUGGUGGGGUUGUAGCCAGACAAGGUGGCAGGAGCACCUGGGUAGAAGUGGGCCGGACGACUUAAGUGCCUAUGCCAGCAUCAGCUUUAACAAAGCUGAAGAGUAACAACUCCUACAGACAAGAAUAACAAUCCAGCUCUUCAGAUGGAUCCAGGCUGUAGAUCCUUCCACGCCUGAACAGAUCUUUCCACUGGGUGUUGCUGAUCACACGUCACAACACGUAUCUAAUCUAUAGCCAUCACCACUCACAACCUCACAAACUGGACCUAGCUGCAGCAGAGCUGCGUAUGUCAGUAGCAGUCGCCUGCAGGUCAAUGUCACGCUGCCUCCGCAGUCAACUUCCUCGAUGAAGAAGAAGAAGAAGCGGCGGAACCAGAUGACUGUCGGCCCAACCUCACCUCAGGACACAGAUCGCUGCCAUACAGAACCGCACUGGAAUCCCUCUCCCCCCAAGACCUUCCAGCCUUGUUCUCUUCCUCCUCCACAUACAUCGGCUUUAGUCCAUUUUAGUUAUGGUAUUUGUAUCAGUAUGAAUACUGUUUCUCCUAUCCCUAUGGUCACGUCUGCCUUUUUUAGCUUUUUAUUGAAAAACAAGUUGGCGUAAGUCGGCUGCUACCAUGACAACAAAGGUGCUUUGCCUAGGACUCCAGUCCAUCUUUCAAUAAAUGAGGUACUUGAUCUACAGCCUUACAGGUUCCAUGUUCCAGUGGGACUAAACCUCAGCAUGUCAAUGUUACAUCAGUAAAUUCUAAACUCUGACAUAUCAGGGUCCAAUCUACAGAUUGGAUGACACAGCAAAGGUACUUGAGGUACUAAUGAUGAUACGAGACUGUAACUCUUUUCUUGUCAGUCUGACUUGUGUGUUUGACUGAAUGACUGCUAGUAAUAACCAUUUGGGGCUCCUUUUUGUGUUGCGUUGCUUUUCUUUAGACAUAUCAAACAAGAAACCUCAGGCUAAGCUCAAAAUGAGUUGAAUUAUAACAAUGCCAGUCACUAGUACAUUACUCGGCAAAGGUACUGUAGAAUCACAAAGACUAUCCCACCUGUCUCUCCCACCUGUCUCUCCGAUAGCGAUACAUCUGGAGAGACUUGAAGGCUGUGAUAACAUUAAAUUAAUUAAAUUAUUAUAAUAUUUUUCAGGAGAAAAGAAACGGUAACCGAUUCACAAUUCAAGGUGUAUGAAAAAUAAUAAAUUAUACUUACUGCGGAAAACUUUUGAGCAACAUUUGCAUAACAUUUUAUUAACGUUUGCUAACAAAUUGCAAUAUUUAAAAGUGCUUGCUUUAAAUUGUUAGUUUUUUUUUGCUUUAAGAGUUGAUGACAAUUAUGUUUCUGAUAUUUUUAUGUUGAUGUAAUAGAAGCUUGCCUUGUCUUAUCUACUUAGAGUUGGGUUGCUUUUGAGUUUUUUUUAUUGGAAGAAUCAAAUUGAUUCAAGGUACUGCUUCCAUAGAGUGCAAAUUAAUUUCAUACACGCAUCACAGUGGGCCAGACCCUGGGAACUUUGAACUCCUGAUUCUGUGUGUACGUCAUCUGUUAGUGGCAGUUGGGCCCGUGUGCCAUUUAAUAGGCUCUGGCUGUUUCUGUCACCCAACAGGCUUAGUUGUGCUCAGACAUCUGCCCUCAGUGCUACUUUCACAAGCAGAUUAGCUCCUUACUGGGACACAGUGCAGUGACACUGCUUGCUUUUCACUCUGCUUCCCCUCACCAUGGGAAUCACCUUACAGUUUAGAUGGUCUCACACAUGAUCAAGUAGCUGUAUUAAUUGACAUUGUAAAAUUUCCACCAAUCGAAUCAUGCACUGUAAAUAAUGUAUUGCAAAAAAAAAAAUAUGGAUCAGUGAAAUGCAUGAAUGGAUGAGUUGAUAAACUGAAUGAUGGAUGAAUGGGAUGAAACAUCCACAUGGAUGACAAGUGACUGCAUGAAUAUUGGAUUAACUAUUGACUGACCAGAUGAUGAUGAACAACUGAAUGGAUGUACAAAUAUGGGAAACGAUGAAUGCAUUCAGCAGAUGGGGCUCUGCUUGUCCCUAGCCUCUCUUUUAGUCUAAGAAAUUCAUUCAACUUUCUGGAACUUACUCUGUAAUAAAAUCUUUUUCGCACA